AUGGCUGAAGUAGUGGGAAUAGUAAACUCUAGACCAAUCGGUACCUUACUGUCAGAUGUACAUCAACUACAACCUCUAUCCCCAAACAUGCUACUGACUAUGAAAACAAGACCUCUUUCUUCGGCACCCAGUGUUUUCAUGUCCGAAGAUUUGUAUUCUCGCCGACAUUGGAGACGAGCCCAAUACUUGGCGGAUCAGUUCUGGAUUCGUUGGAAGAAUGAAUAUCUUCAGAAUCAACAGUCGAGAGCUAAAUGGAAUGAAAGACGGCCCAAUCUAACAGUCGGAGACAUUGUGAUGAUGAAAGAGGAAACUCACCGUAACAAUUGGUCACUAGCAAGAGUGAUAAAUACGUUCCAAAGUCAGGAUGGUAAAGUGAGGAAAGUGGACGUGAUCACUUAG